AUGGGGCACUAUUCCUCCCCCCACUGACACCAAUGAUGGGGCACUAUUCCCCCCCCACUGAUACCAAAGAUGGGGCACUAUUCUCCCCCCCCACUGACACCAAUGAUGGGGCACUAUUCCCCCCCACACUGACACCAAUGAUGGGACACUAUUCCUCCCACUAACACCAAUCCAGUGAUGAGCACUAUUCCUCCCACACUGACACUAAUGAUGGGGCAAAGACGAAUUCUCCUGCGCUCUAGGACAGGUGGCGAA